AUGGCAUUGAAUAUGCUUAGUUCUAGUGGACUAGAUCUGCUACACGUUGCUGCUGAGCAUCUACUAAUCAACAUACUGUUAUAAAGAAAACAUGCUGUUGUUGAGACCAUGUUUAGAAAAUGGUGUUAAUGAUUGACCCAAACCCAAACUUUUUUUUACAUUCAAAGAUAGGGAAAAUGUUGAGAAAGCUGAGGAAAUAAUUGAGGUGACUGAAGGGCACAGUGACGCUAAGGAAAGAGGGGAUGAAAUCAAUUCUUGUGCCAGGGAAGAUGACAGGAACAGCACUGGUGAUAAAGAUGAACAAGAGAAUACUAACAACGACGAUGUAAGUUCAGGACACAAUGAGCAGAAUGGUACAGAGGAGUGGAGGGAUGAGGAUUUUUCUUGUGACGGGGAAAAUGAUGCUGCAGACAGGAACAGGUACAGCACAGAUGAACACCAGGAUGAUAACACAAGUUCAAGACACAAUGAGCAGAAUGGUACAGAGGAGUGGAGGGAUGAGGAUUUUUCUUGUGACGGGGAAAAUGAUGCUGCAGACAGGAACAGGUACAGCACAGAUGAACACCAGGAUGAUAACACAAGUUCAGGACACAAUGAGCAGAAUGGUACAGAGGAGUGGAGGGAUGAGGAUUUUUCUUGUGACGGGGAAAAUGAUGCUGCAGACAGGAACAGGUACAGCACAGAUGAACACCAGGAUGAUAACACAAGUUCAAGACACAAUGAGCAGAAUGGUACAGAGGAGUGGAGGGAUGAGGAUUUUUCUUGUGACAGGGAAGAUGAUGCUGCAGACAGGAACAGGUACAGCACAGAUGAAGUUGUGAAUAAUGAUGAGACAGCCACUGGGAACUGGAGGAAAACAAGACCAUGUCCAAAGAAAUUUAAAGUUACCAUAAAAACAAGAACCUGGAAAAAAAUAAAGCCACAUGCAGGCUCAACCCACUUAAAAAAGCCAUGGACAGACAUCUUAUAUGAAGCAUUCACUAAAGUGAAUCCUUGCUGUGUGCUUUCAUUUAAGUAUCAGCAUGUAAAAUGUAGGAAAAGUCGUAAACAAAGGGCACCUUAUUUCAGGGCACUCGGUGUCUGUACCUUUGAUGACUGCUCAGCAAAAUAUAUAUUUACGAUUCGCACAAAACCCAAACCAUUCCAGAAGAGUAUUGAUAUCCAUGUUAUGCGACUGGGUGAUGUGACCCACAAGCAUAAAGAAUCUAAAUUCAGACACGCCAAAUUCACCAAAAGAGGAAAAAUUGCAGCAGCAAUAGCAAAUGGAGUAAGCCAGUACUUCUAUGAGUCCUUAAAAAGCACUCCACCAGAUGAGAUUUUGGCAGGCAACGUUUCCAAAUGCCUUACAAUGGAUGUCUUAAGAGUUAUAUCAAGUGAAGUCAGGAAAAGCACAAGACUCCAUGAUGAUGUUAUCAUGGAGAUGAUGCUCUGCCAGAAGAUCAUGAAGGAGUGCAGUGGUACUGCCUCUCAAGUGGCAGGCUAUAUUCAACACUUACAAGUGGACCCAUUUGGCGUCCACUUGUACACAGAUUGUGGUUUACAAAUACUGGCAGAACAUUUGAAAAACUCACCCCCAGUCACAUUACAUCUAGAUGCUACAGGCAGUGUCAUGUCACGUAUCCCCAACCAAAGCAAAAGAAUCCUUUAUUAUGCCCUUGUUCUCCCUGGAAAAGGAAAAGAUAAACCACCCCUUCCUUUGUCCGAGUUCAUAUCAAAUGAGCACUCCAUACCAACUCUCACAUUCUGGCAGAUGGAAACACUGAGACAACUGAACAGGAUAACAACACGAAAGGUCCACCAUGUUGAAACCGAUUUUAGUUGGGCACUCAUUGGUAGUGUCCUCCUGGCCUUCAAUAAAGAAAGUGUCUCAUCCUACAUAAACAGAGCACAUAUACUUGUCAGCCAAAAAGUGAAAAAGGCAGAUACAGAAAAUUUCACAGUUAUCCAUCUAUGUUCAGCCCACAUAAUAAAGGCUGUAACGGCUGCAUUUUCAAAGAAAAGUAGCGAGUAUGCUCUAAAGGAAUAUGCAACUUACUGUUUUGGCCUUCUUCUUAACAGCACCACCCUACAUGAAGCACUUAACAUCUUUCAGGAUAUGGCCAUGUUGUUCAUGUCUGCAAACAAUUCUGAUGCGGUUAUGUCAGCAAAGAACACACUGGACCAAAAAAUCCUUAAGUCCCACCCUACUAAUGUGGAAGAGACACUUCCACCAUAUGUAGAAGAUAUGGAGAGCAGCAGCAACAUCAAGACUAUAUGUGGCAAAUCUCCCUUCACACAGUUAUUCAAUAGUGUUCUGGAGAAGACCAAGUGCACACAACCAGGAAGUGGGGAAAAAAAUGAAUUCUACUGCCCAGGGAUCAUCAAUGUUCUCAUGAGCACAUACAUGGGCAUUUUCCCUCUUUGGAGUGGCAUACUGCUUGCAGACCUGAGUAGACACUCUAAAGAGAGUAUUAAAGAAAUAAAAACACGGGAAACAAAUUGCCAUGUAGAACAGUGGUUCUCAAUCGUCAAGAAUCACAUACUACAAAGAAAGAGGUUCCUGCGGCCUGCAGAUUUCAUCUCAAAGAUGUACAACUCUCUGCAAGGAAGGUACAAACAGCAUCAGAUGAUGUAUAAUAUUGAUAGCCUGUCUCAAGAUGCACCUUCAAAGCAAAAGACAAUUGAUCAGCAAGAGGAGCAAUGGGCCAAAAGAUCUGAAAGACCUGCAAAACAUCGUUCCAAGUAUUUUGAUCCACCAGAAGCUGUGCCACAACCAAAAAAACGCAGGACAAAACAAACAUCUGAGGAUCAUUCAGAGGACAUGUCAGCCCAGAUCCAAGCUCUGUGGUCCAAGAAAGCAUGUGAGAUUGUCAUUGCUGUAACACAGUCAAAUGACAAAAAAAGGUCUUAUAUCUUGCAUCAUUCAGAGCUGAAAACACUCCAGCCACAUAAAUGGCUGGUGGGGGAGACAAUCCAAUGCUAUUUUCAAGUGUUGGUGAACAACAGCGAACAGGGAAAUAAAAUGUACAUACUUGAUCACUACACAGCAGGAAUUAUAAUUCAUGGUGAAAGAGAUCAAGUCCGGAGAAAUAGCCUCUCAAAGGUGAACUUUGAUGACUAUGAUGGACUGAUUAGCUUCCUGAAUGUCGAUGGGAACCAUUGGGUAUUUCUGUAUGUCCAUGCAGCAUCCAGCCAGGUGUUUGUGGUAGACCCUAUGGGACAUAAUGAAGAGGCCAAAUCCAUGCAUGCCGCCUGCAGAUUUCGAGAGUACUUCAAAAUGAGAAGAAACUGCCUCUCUAAAAAUGACUGGGUGGACAUUAAGUGGCAAGGAGGAAAAAUUGACCAUUCCACUCAACAAGAUGGUUACAGCUGUGGAGUGAUCGUCAUGCAGAUGGCUAAAGGAGUUGUAGCUGAUUUCCCACGCAUCCCUUGUCAUUUGAUGAUAAACACAUCCAAGCAGCAUAUGGAAGAUGUGCGACUGAGAAUGGCAGAGGAAAUUCUGCAAGCCUCAGUAUUCAAGAGAGGACAUUACUGUUCUGCUUGUGCUGCCUCAAAACCCCCUGGUGGAGGUGCAAAAACGGUUUGGAUCGAAUGUCAUCAAUGCAAGAGGUGGUUCCAUGUGACAUGCAUUCAAAUGACAGAGGGCCAGUUUAACAGGGCUCGAAAGAGUGAUUGGAAGUGCUGCCUAUGCAAAUAAUUAAAAAAUCCUGUGUAAAUAAUGUAUUACAGUUGUUUUAUGUAAAAGUUAAGGUAUUUGUGGGAGUCUAGGGACUGGGGAUGUUCCUGGGAAAUAUGAAAAUAUUGAAAAGAUAAUAAUUGAACAAUAAAAAUGAUGGAAGUAUCAUUGUUGUCAUCAUUGAUGUUUCUUUCAUUGUUGUUUAAAGAAUACAUCUGAAAUAUAUUAAUUGUACAUUUUCAGCUGAAAUUCUAUUGAGUUUUCAAUUUGUGUUUGAGCCUAUUCGGUAAUGAAAAGUAGCAAUAUUUUACACAUGAUUUAAAACUAAUUGAAUACUUGUGAAAAAUUUGAAUUGGUUGUGCAUUAUAGUAGACACCUAGAUGAACACUUUACAGUAUGUUUUAUGAAAGUGAAUCAUCCUUUUCAAAUUCUAUUGAGCUUUAAAUUUGUCUUUAAGUCCAUUCAGUAGUGAAAAAUAGCAAUAUUUUACACACAAUUUACAGUCUAGUUGAAUAAUUAUGAAAAAUAUAAAAGGUGUGCAUUAUAGCUGACACCUAGAUGAACACUUUACAGUAUGUUUUAUGAAUGUGAGUCAUUCUGUUCAAAUUCUAUUGAGCUUUAAAUUUGUAUUUAAGCCCAUUCGGUAAUGAAAGUUACAGUAGCAAUAUUUGACAUAUGAUUUAAAGUUUAUUUGAAUAAUUAUGAAAAAUAUAAAAGGUGUGCAUUAUAGCUGACACCUAGAUGAACAC